UUUUCUGCCGGUUUCCCCAUACGUCGUGGUUCCAGUCUUCUUCGCUGUCCUCUUUCUCCCUCUCCCUCCCCGACCACUUACACCUUAAUUCCUUCUUCCCAUCCUCCCACCUCUCAAGCGCGCCUCGUCUGGUUCAUUCGUACCCAGACCCAGCAACUCUCAAACGCGUUCGUGUGUGUGCGUGUGUGUGUAAGACAUUGUGGAAAGAGAGAAGAAGGGUCAGCUCAAGACACCGGACGACCGACAGAAAAAAAAAGCCGCCUCAUCGCGUCAAGACCACCCACCCCAACCGACGACAACCAUGGGCAACGCGGCGGACGUGAGCGAUAACCAGGCCACCCCCGACAUGUCGGCGGCCCAGAAGCAGGCCAAGAAGGACGACGCCGCCGCCGAAGAGGCGGCGCCGGCCUACGCGCCCGCGACGACGGAGGAGAACAGCGUGCUGGCCGGCGAGGACGGCGAGCUGAUCGAUUACAAGACCUUGACGUGGUGGCAGGGCGGCAUCGUCCUCAUCGCCGAGACCGUGUCCCUCGGGAUCCUCUCGCUGCCCUCGGUGCUGGCGACGGUCGGCCUCGUGCCGGGCAUCGUCCUCAUCCUCGUCAUGAGCUUCCUGUCAACGUACUCGGGCCUCGUGCUGGCCGAGUUCCGCAACGAGUACCCCUUCGUGCAGAACUUUGGCGACGCCGUCGAGGUCAUCGGCAAGUCCAUCGGCAUGGGCGCCGUCUUCCAAGAGGUCUUUGGCUGGGCCCAGGUCACCUUCCAGGUCUUUGUCAUGGGCUCCCACCUGCUCACCUGGACCAUCUGCAUGAACACCCUGACCAACUCGUCCACCUGCACCAUCGUGUGGGCCGUCGUCGGCCUCGCCGUCUUUGCCGUCCUCAACUUCCCCCGGACGCUCAAGUACACGAGCUACAUGUCCAUGGCCUCUUGUCUGUCCAUCACCCUCGCCGUCCUCAUGACCCUCGGUGACGUCGCCGUCAGCCGUCCCAUCGGCAGCGGCAGCAUCGAGGUCGGCCGGCAACUCGGCUUCACCGGCGCGUUCCUGGCCGUCACCAACAUUGCCAUUGCUUUCUCGAGCCACUCCUGCUUCUUCAGCGUCAUCGGCGAGUUCAAGAAGCCCGAGGACUGGCCCAAGGCCCUGGCCCUCCUACAGAUCGCUGACACGACGCUGUACCUGCUGGCGGCCAUCUGCAUCUACGUGUUCGUCGGACCCGACGUCCCCUCGCCCGCGCUCUCGGCCGCCGCGUCCAAGACGAUGCGUAAGGCCAUCUGGGGCAUCGCCAUCCCCACCAUCGUCAUCGCCGGCGUCAUCUACGGCCACGUCGCGGCCAAGUACAUCUUCUCGCGCCUGUUCCGCAACACCAAGCACAUGAUCCGACGCACCAAGCUCUCGGGCAUCGCGUGGAUCGCCAUCGUCGUCGGCAUCUGGGCGCUGUCCAUGGUCAUUGCCGAGUCGAUCCCCGUCUUCAACAGCCUGCUCGGCCUCAUCUGCGCCCUCUUCGCCUCGUGGUUCUCGUACGGCCUGCCCGGCAUCUUCUGGCUCUGGAUGCACUACGGCAACUGGUUCAAGGACGGCCGCCAGACGUGCAAGUUUGUUGCCAACGUGUGCCUGUUCCUAACGGGCUUCCUCAUCUGCGUGCUCGGCCUGUGGGCGUCCAUCGAAGCCAUCGCGACGGAGAAGGCCACCAAGCCGUGGACGUGUGCGUCCAACGCGGCGCCGUAAAUGCCGGCGGUGUCCGGGCUAGGGCUGGUUCCGUCAUGGCUAUCAUGAAUAUGUAAUAAAUAUAAUGUGUUAAACUUCAA